GGCAAGGUCAUAUGUCGGACACGUCUGCGUCUGUUUCGCUCCCGCUGCAUACCAAAUCUCCAUCUUCCUCUACUUCCUCUUCUUCCACACCGGCUCAAGCCAAAGAACAGCCCAAAAUGCCUGUCGCCGCUCCUGCCUCUCCCAAUCGCCAAUUCGGCACGGUCAAAUGGUACAAUGACGCGCAGGGUUUUGGCUUUAUAACCUCCGACUUUGGUGGCGAGCUCAUCCUCCGCCGCCAGUCGAUCACUGAGCACACACAGCGCCUGAAGGAGGGGAUGAAGGUCUCCUAUGAGGCGGUACAUUUGCCCAUGUUGCUCAUGGCAGAGCAGGUGCAGCCGGAGGAAUAGCUGUCUGACUUGAGGCUAUAAGCCUGUGCUCAUUCUUUGGGGUUUGGGUUUGGUUCUAGGUUUUGGUUUCGGUUUGAUUUAUAGCGAGUACCAUCAAUGAUACCAUGCAUACUAUCUUCUACCUUU